AAUCUAAACACCUCUUCUCGACGGCUCAGAUCUUAAUAGAACUUCAGCAGAAUCCAAGGAUGGUGAGCUGUUCCUUCUUGUUCCUAUUGCUGACCGUCUUUACUAAUGUCUGGCAAUUAAACGGUCAAGGCAAUGGAGCAGUUGAACUCUUUCGUGAUGGAGGCACUUCUCACAAGUUCUCUUCUGGAGUUGUGAGAGUGUUCUAUAAUAAUGAAUGGGGUAAUAUAUGCUAUGGGCCUACUAGUUGGACCCAGUCUGAAUCUGAUGUCCUCUGUCACCAGUUAGGAUGGUCUGGAGGUAGUGCUCACAACUCUUCCGGCUCAUUUAAUUAUGGACUUGAUACAGCACAAGGUGUCAUUGAGACUGUCAAUUGUUCCAGUUCAUCCUAUCUUGUACUCCUACAAUGCACCAUUAACCCGAUCAGACAGCAAUGGGACGACAGUCGUGAUGUUGCAGUCUCUUGCUAUGCUACUAGAAUAUGGGAGAGCCUUUCUUACGACGGCCACUUGAGACUGAUUGAUGGUGAUCACAUUACAGAAGGACGUGUUGAAAUACUCUGCAAUGGCCAAUGGGGAACUGUGUGUGAUGAUGCUCUGGGAAGGGAGGAAGCAAGGACAAUGUGUCGCCAGCUAGGAUAUAGUGAUUAUGUGAAAUAUGAUCAUUUAAUACUUCCUGGUAACAGUACUCAGCCAAUAUGGUUGGAUGAUGUUAUAUGUCAAGGCACAGAAUCUUGCCUAGCUACAUGCCAAGUCUGUCCUGCAGCACAGCACCAUAACUGCCGCCAUGGAGAAGAUUUUACAGUAUCUUGCACAUACAACACUAAUGAUGAGAGGCUUGAUCAAACAAACAAUACUUGUGUCAACGCAUCAACUACAGCAGUUCCUCCAAAGAAAGACAUGCUGAUGAUACUAGGCAUAGCACUGGGUGGUGGUGUUGCCCUGUUGCUCUGUGCACUAAUCUCUGCAAUAACCUGCUGCUGUGCCUGUCAUUACUAUAACAGAAGCAAAGGAAGCAAGUAUGCCGAUGAAUUAAAAAGCAAUGGUACAAAACAGCCAGCACACAUCAGUGCCACAUCGCCAGAAGUAAUAAUGAUAAUGGAUGGAUCACCUCAAGCAAUCCGCAAGAGCAAAGAUAUGAAACAUUCUCCUCCUAUUAAUUUUGAUUAUGAAAAUGUUUCUGGGCCCACUGUUCUUUAUUCUCCUGCUUCUUCAAGUGGCAAUCAUCGUGCUCCAAAAGAGCCACUCACCCCUCCUGUCUUUCAGGGGAAACCGACUUUCUAAAAGAAUUUUUGCCAAAAAUAUAAACACCAAUUAUAUUUUGUUUUCCUGCAAUAAUUGAAUAUUAUUACUAUUAUUAUUAUUAGCAUAUAGUGCAUGAGUAUUGAUUAUAUAUUUGUUUUUGUUUAUUAAAGUGUUGUUUCCCUUUUUUCUUUAAAAUAAUAUUAAAGUUAAUUA